AUGGGUAAAAAAGAACUUUCAACGUGGAUACGUUCCGGUGUUGUAGAAAAGAAUCUUAAAGAAACUUUCGACUCCACUUUGGACGCGUUAGGUCAUGCCUGUCCGUUGAAAAAGUCUCGCGAGUCUAUAUACAAAUCACUUCAAGACCUUUUAUAUAACGAUAAAAACUUUCGUCAAAGUUCUCUAGCAAACAUCACGAUGUUCGGCUGGCUUGCAGAUAAAAAAUUAUCCUCCUCCUCUUCUUCCUCAUCUCAAAAACAGUCAAAGCCUUUUGCGGUUUUUAAAAAAACGCGGUUUCACUCAUCUGCCGUUGGUCAACACGCAACCGUCACCAAUAAUCGCACAAAUAAUACAACCACUCGCGAUUCUUCAUCAAUUGAACAAUCAUUUUCUUUUACCGAAAAGGAACAAGGGGUGAUUAUAGAACCUUUCAUUAAUCUUGCUGAGAGAACAGUUUACGAUUUCCUUGUCAACAACGAAGAUAUUAUUCCUCUAGAAAUUGUUGAAUCAUUCGCGGAUAAACAACGGCCUCCUAUUAGCAAAGACUUCAGCAACGCCGAUCUAUUAUGCAUGUUAAAUUUUAUCCUGGAAAACAUUGCUAUUUUCUCAAAAAAAUCCGUGUUCCACGGUCAAUAUAAGACCAACCCUGCCGAGUUACUAAUUAACUUUAAAAAAAAUGUGAGAAACAAAUUGGCUCAUGGAAUCGUGGUUAGCGGAAAAGGUCGUUGGAGCGACCAUGCACUCCAGCACGUCUCUAUAUUUGCUUGCGAAGUUAUAAUUUGCCUUGGCGGAAAUUACGAAGAAGUAUUCGCUAACAAAGAAGAUAUUGAUAGUGAAAUAAUUAAACGAUGGAUUGAUAAGGCUUCACAAAAAAGAAAAUCGGAAGUGAUACUUGAUAAUGAAGAGAAUGUCAACCCAUCACAAAAAAGAAAAUUUGACAAUGUAUUUGAUGAUAAAGAGAAUAUUGAUGUGUCACAAAAAAGAAGACUUGAUCUUGGGAAAAUAACAGAGUUCGUACUUGAUAUUCUCGAAGAUUUAGAAGGCACCGAAAAAGAUGAUGGAAAAAAGAUACUAAAAUUAGUAAUGGAUGAAAAUGAAUACGUGAUGAAGCUUUGGAAAACAAUCAAGGCUGAAGAGAGAAAAAUUCAACUAAUGGCUAUCCAUUUUAUCUACAGAAUUUGA